ACCAGGACUAAACCAGGACUAAACCAGGACUAAACCAGGACUGAACCAGGACUAAACCAGGACUAAACCAGGACUAAACCAGGACUAAACUAGGACUAAACUAGGACUAAACCAGGACUAAACCAGGACUACACUGGGACAAGACCGGGACUAUCCCGGGACUAUACCAGGACUCCAGCGGGACAGACCCAGACCUGGACUUUCCUCUGGUCCCGAUCCGCGCUCUGGCAGCACACACGCGCACGGGCACGCGCAUGGACGCGCUCUGAGUUUGAAGCUCAAGAAACAGGAAGUGCUCCAAGAUGGGCAGUAAGUAUCACUGGCAGACGGCGAACGUGAAGGUGAGCGGCGUGGACGACAUGGUUCUACUGUCCAAGAUCAACGAAGACGCCAUCACCGAAAACCUGCGCAAGAGAUACAACGAUGACUACAUCUUUACCUACAUCGGUCCGGUUCUGAUCUCGGUGAACCCGUUCAAGCAGCUGCCGUAUUUCACGGACAGAGAAGUGGAGCUGUACCAGGGAGCGGCCCAGUACGAGAACCCUCCUCACAUCUUCGCUCUGGCCGACCUCAUGUUCAGGAACAUGAUGAUCGACUCCGAGAACCAGUGUGUGAUCAUCAGUGGGGAAAGUGGCGCGGGGAAAACGGUGGCGGCGAAGUUCAUCAUGAGUUACAUUUCCAAAGUUUCCGGAGGAGGAGCCAAGGUCCAGAGGGUCAAGGACAUCAUCCUGCAGUCGAAUCCUCUGCUCGAGGCUUUUGGAAACGCCAAGACCGUCCGGAACAACAACUCCAGCCGCUUCGGGAAGUAUGUGGAGAUCCAGUUCUGUGGGGGCGGGGCUCCAGACGGAGGAAAAAUCUCAAACUUUCUUCUGGAGAAAAGUCGAGUCGUUUCACAAAACGCAGGAGAAAGAAACUUCCACAUUUACUACCAGAUCCUGGAGGGGGCGAGCUCGGAGCAGAGGGAGAAUCUGGGCGUGACCACACCGGAUUAUUAUUUCUACCUCAACCAAUCAGGGACCUACACCGUGGACGACGUCAGCGACAAGAAGGACUUCGCCGAAACCAUGGAGGCCAUGGCGGUGGUGGGUUUGUCUGUGGAGGAGCAGGACUCGGUUCUUCAGAUCGUGGCUUCGAUUCUUCACCUCGGAAACAUCAGCUUCAGAGAAGAAAACAACUACGCCUCCAUCGAGAGUCAGGACUUCCUGGCCUUCCCGUCCUUCCUCCUGGGCGUCCAGCAGGAGGCGCUGUGCAGUAAACUGACCAGUCGUGUGAUGGACAGUAAAUGGGGCGGUCGCUCCGAGUCCAUCGCCGUGACGCUGAACACGGAGCAGGCGGCGUUCACCCGAGACGCUCUGAGCAAAGCUCUGUACGGACGACUGUUCGACUUCCUCGUCCAGAGCUACAUCGUGACAAUCCAGUGUGUGGAAAUAGGAGCGGUGAUAGUGUCUUUACUAUACUUCUCCGUACCUCCUUUCUACUCCUCUCUGCUGCGAGACUCCCUCCAGCGCAGGAUGUAA